CUUCCCCUAUUGUAGUCGCAACUCUUGUGCACUAGCUGCUACGUUUUUACAUCGUCUCUAUGGUGGUGUUCUGAGUAUUAGCGCUUUAGGAAGGUUUCAACUCAUUACUGUAUGCUUCUUUGUUCUGCAUCCGAAAAAAAUAAUGGUAUGGUGAAGAAGGAGAGGAUUCAGAAUUGCAAAACAUUAAUGAUUUUCUUUGCUUCUUUUUUCACCUAGUUUUGAUUGUUGAAGACAACAAUGUUACAUUCAUUACUGGGCAGAGAGAAAGAGAGAGAGUAAACAGACCUCAGUAUGAGGUACACAUGAAUUAUAAAUCUUCGGUAAAUGAUGGACCAUGUAAUCAGAUUUGGAAGAAAAUUUUCAUUUUUAUGUUGAAGUCCUCUACGACACUAAUAGCACUGUUUGGUAAUCACUCCAUUGGUUUUCUUGCAUAAAAUUGCUAAAAUUAUGAGAAGAGAUCACUACAACCUCUAAAUAUCAUCGGAACUUUCUAUUGGUUGGAGUCAUCAAUGUUGCUUUGGGUCGUUUACCACUGCGCUUAUGUUUGAAAUUAGAUUGAGGGCGCUGAGAUAAUUUUUUUGAUCGUUAAAUGAGUGGAGUUUUUCAAUUGAAAGUGAUGAAAUUGACUUGAUAAUAUUGAUCAGCAGGUUUCAUGACCGCUUUUGCUAAUUCUACUAUGAUUUCAACAUGUGUUGAAAUCUUAUAUUCAUAAAUUCUAAAUGUUAAGCCAUUAACAAGCCUGUUAUGUCUCUUCACCACCGUUGAUGUAAGCAACAUAUGACUGGUGUGUUACUCUGUGUCUAUAAUAACCACAAAUGUUUACUUUGGAUACUCCUGAUAAAAUGAGCUAAAUUCACUCCCUCAGAAGAGUAUGAUUGCCACCAUUGAUUAGGAGGAAGUAGGGGAGGAAAAUCUCGGUUAAAUUGGUUGAAGUCAAAGAAAUUAAGCCAGGGAGGAAGCUCUUGUGGUAAAAUUGGCAUCUCUUCUAUUAAGUACUAAGAUCUCUUUCCUUUUUACACCCCCAAAGGAUUAAUGCUAUACAUCAAUGACUUUAAGAGUUUCAGUGUUCUGUAGUAGUUUAUUUUAAGGGAAAGUGUAAUAGAAUCCAUAAAACUAGAGUAACCGAACUGUACUUUUGAUGUCAUAAUUAAGUUCAGUCUAGGCUAUAAAAUGAUAUAAUUGCACGCAAAAAUCGCGGGUAAAGAUUUUUCUUGGAAAUGAUUUUCGUACUGCACGCCUAGACAACCCUUUAUUCCCACAUUUAGUAACAAACUAACAAUAGGCGUACGAUGAAUCAUGAGUUGACCUCUUUGCAUGGUGAAAAGGCGGUAAGUCAGGGGCCUGUAUAAAAAUCUUUAAGAAAUUAUUUAGAAUGCAUGCUGCACUCUCUGCCUCCUUUUCUCCAAAUUAAAACGCAUCCUUUACAUACUCUACAUAUCAAGCCUGGAGAUGAUGAAAGUAACUUCAUUUCAAACAAGGCAAUCUAUGGGAAAUAAAGAAAUCUGCAUAUUGGUUGUGCAUGAUGAUCCAAUAUAUCGUAAUAUUGUGGCCAAGAUGCUUCAGUACUGCAGUCAUUAUGAAGGUAUUGAAGUUGAAAUCACACAGACAAAAGAUUUUGUUCUUUGUACUCUUUUAUUUUAAUUUGAACACUUAUUCCCAGGUGGUAAUUGAUUUUCAUUGCUUGUGUUUCUAGAAUUCUUCCCUUAGCAAUUGCAUGGUCAUGGCAUAUGCUAAGACUGAAGUUCAGUAUCGAGGCUAUAGUAGGAAGCCUUUUGAUACCAUGACCUUGAAAGUUCAUUUGUUUUAAAUCUGAAAAGAUAAUUCUUUGUCUAUCAGUUUUGAAGCAAACGAUAGAGGAUGCUUUAAGCACCAUCAGGGAGAAAAAGGACAGGUUAAACCUCUUCGUAACAGAUAUCCAUCGGUCAAAUACAAAUGGAUUUGAGAUCCUCCAAUACAUCGAAAAGGAAUUUAAGCUGGACAUCAUGUCGAUGUCCCCUUAUGAGAACACAAAACUUGUGCCGAUAGGCCUUGCUAGUAACAGUAAUCUAUAUUUUCUGAAAUCUUUGAGCGUGAAUGACUUUAAAAGCCUUUGGCAAUAUGCAUAUGCCAAGGAAAGACGUAAAACAACCAGUGAUAAAGAUUCACCACUGCUGGAUGAGAAUAUGGUUCAGGCUAGUUUGGGAAACACAUCAUUGUUUCGUGAAGUGGCUCGGGGGGAUCUAAAGCAUAAGACAAGAGAAUCCCAAGAAACAACUGAACAAAAUGAUGCUACCAGCGAUGACUCCGCAAAUGAGAAGAGGCAGAGGGUUACUUGGACUGACGGGAUGCACCAUAAAUUUGUGGAGGCCAUUAAAGAGUUGGGACCUGAAAGGGCUUUUCCAAAGAAAAUAUUAGAACUUAUGAAUGUCCCGGGUUUGACAAGAGAAAGUGUCGCAAGUCAUUUGCAGAAAUACCGCCUGGGCAUGCGGCGGGCUGAGGAAGCGAUGCAAUCAACUGCUUCUGUUUUUGGAUCUAAGUUGACAACUCAACUCAAGCAAAAAUGCUUCUCAUCAAGCCAUUUUGCACAAAACGUCAACUCUUCACUAGGACAUCCUCUGCAUCUCAACCAACUGCCCCACUCAACAUCUUGCCAACCAGGAUCCAUCUACUCUUCUUUAUUCCACCCUGAAGCGUCAACUAGUACAUCAAACUUGGGACACGAACAACUGCUUACUGGGACCUACCCAUAUGGACACAGUGUUUCUCCAUUUGAUGCAACAGCAAGGAACGCCGGAAAUCUCUAUGGUUUUGGAACUGCCCAAUCAAACUCUCAGACAGGCUUGGGCUGCUUGGCUCAAGUGGAUCCAGGAUGUGUUCCUGGUACCCAAGUGAAUCUUAACUGUGAGACGGGAGCCAUUUUCCCUGGUAUUGGUAAUGGUCGAAGUUCUUACGCUGUUAGUGCAUACGUGGGAUAUAGGUUGGCGUGUAAUGGAAAGUCAAUCGAGACAGGCCAAAUGGUUGUUUCAUGCGACGAUGUAUCUGCAGGAGUUAGUGAGAAUGAAAGCUUAGUUCAAACCCCUUUAGCAUUGGGCAAUGACAUUCCCCAGCAACAACCUUCUCAGCCGCCAGACCUUUCUGUAGGGCGUGAUUUGAAAGAUCUUGGGACUGAAGGUGAAGUUCAUCGUCUGCUGGAUGCAACAGGGAGCACAAGUCCUCAGUUCUUCUGGAAUGAUGAUGAUUUUUAUGGUGCCCUUUUAGACAAUACUGACUAAUGUUUUGCUGGAAGUUGCAAAGCAGCCAUUGAUCUGGAGAUGGACUUUAACGCGUAUUUGAGGUUGUGUUUGGAUCUUAGAUUUGGCAAAGAAAAGCAACAGGAUUGGAAAAGAGAGAGAAUGUGGAUAUGUUUGAUUAUUGUUUCCCUACCUUUUCUUACAUACAAUGAGUGAACAAUCAUAGUCCGGAUUUAGCAUUCAGUUAUCUAGGAUUUGAGUAGAUUUUAGCAGCUGUAAAUAGACUCAAAGUUUACACUUGAUCUUGUACGGUAACUGGUACAGAAGACCUUAUGUUUCAAAUGAUUGGAAUCGGAAUUGGAUUCGGGCAGGUGUCCUGUUACUGUUGUCUUGGAACUUUUUAUAUGGAUCUUGUCUAGCGUUUUUACCAUC